GCGAAGCAAAAGCCAAAGUAAAAAGAAAACCCAAAGCAAAGUGGAGGAAAAGCGAAAGAGCAGUUGAAAGGAAAAGACGGUUGUCAAGGAUCAAGUGAAACUGGGUUAAGACCAUGCAAUAGACCGCAUUAUCUAUUUGAAAGGCCCAAGAAUCCGAGGUAGAGGUGGAGCGGCGGCGGUAGAAGGGCCUAUAAAUUAUGGAGCUUCGCGAAUUGCGCGGUGGAAAUGGUGGAAACGGAGGAGGAGCAGGUGUGCCCGGAACAUCUGGAGCAUUGGGAAACGGGGCCCCAAGUCCGGAGCUAGGUGGUAUUUGCAUUGGAGGCACAGGCGGAGGUCAACGGAUGCCCACCAAAGCGGACAUAUUCAUGGAGCAACUGAAUGCCACCAAUGCCAAAAAAGUGGCUCUUCUUUUGGUUUUAGGGUUUAUCGUCUACCACGGCCUGCUCAAUUGGAAUUACGGGAGUGACUCCUGCCAAUGGCUUUUGUCCAAGGGCCGUUUUAAGGGCGACAACGAGUGGCAGCCGUACGGUUGCAUGGUGCACAAGUACUCCCUCACUGAUACUCGACGAUGUUUGCGUUACCUCGCAUUCUUUGACAACAAAAACAACUUUGUGUUCAUUGGCGACGAUAGUGUUCGGAUGCUCUACGAGCGAUUUGUAGAGCAACUUCGUUUGCCAUUGGCCGCGGAUGAAGUGCCUGAGGAGGAGGACAACAAUGCCUCGGUGGCGGAUGGCUCGGCUCGCUUUGAGGACAAAAAGUUGCACAUGCUGGCCCAGUACAUUCGGGCGGAAGAGGUGAGUCCAACGCUGGUGGAGCACCUGUACCGCCUCGAGGCCGAGAAACAGCUUUCCUCCGUCUAUGUGGUGGGCUUCACCUAUGCCGGCUUACUGGCCGGCAACACCACGGACGAUGUAUUGCGCCAGUAUGCCGCCAAUCUCACCCUGCUGGUGGCCCCAUUCCAUCGCCUGGUGGCGCAGACUUCACGCGUUCUUUGGAAGCUAGCGGAUCGCGUGGACGAGGAGAAGCUGCCCGCAAACUGGAAGCUACUGCAGAACAAGAACAUUGAUGGCUUAAAUCAUGUGGCCAGGAAUGUUUUCCGGUACACAGAGGCCUCUGUUUGGGAAUCCGCCUGGCAUAUAUCCAAUGGUCUACUGGACAACGCCAUCGAUGGCCAUCAACUGUGCGCCCAUGGACAGCGACUUGAGGUCCAGCUGCUGUGGAACAUGUACUGCAACGACUACAUGAACUACAACGACGGCACCUGCUGCAGCAGCUCCGAACCGCACACCACGCUGCAAAUAGUGGCGUACGCCUUGUUCGGCGUCUGCAUGAUCCUCGUGUGCGGAAUGUGCCUGCGGCGUUGGAUGCUCCACCUGCGCGGCCAGACCCUGUAUGUGCCAUUGCAGCAACAGCAAUCGCACGAGGGCGGCAGAUCAGGAGGAGGAGGAGCGCCCAAGAAUGCGUUAUCCGCUUUGAUAACCGAUUACGGCACACCCAUGGUGGCCCUUUCCCUGCUCGGCCUUAUUCUGGCGUAUUUCUACCUCUGCGAUCGCACCAACUUCUUUAUGAAGGAGAACAAAUAUUACUCGGAGUUCAGCUUCUGGAUACCGGUGGGCUAUGUCUUUGCCCUGGGCUUGUUCUUCACGGAGGAUUCGCGGUUUACCAAGGUGUUGAACCGCGAUCAAACGGACGAGCUGCGCGGCUGGAUUCUGCUGGUGGUACUCAUAUACUAUAUGACCGGAGCGCAGCGAGUGCUGCCCAUUCAUAUGCACAUCAAGCUGCUGAUCUCCGGCUAUUUUUUCCUCACCGUAACACAUUUUACGCACUUGUGGCAAACAGGCGGCAGUGGCUCGCUGUUCGUCCGCUUUUUCCAGGCCAUGUUCCGAGCGAACUUCCUCAGUGUGCUGCUGUGCUUUUGCAUGAACCGUCCGUAUCAGUUCUACUACUUUGUGCCACUCCUGUCCUUCUGGCUGUGCGUCGUCUACUUUGUGCUGGCCCUGCCGCCUCGGAUUUCGUCCGCCUCGGUGGACUCCAAUCCGCUGCACUAUCUGUACUUGGUGUGCAAGUGCAUUGGCUGUCUGGGCGGCAUAACGGUGCUCUUCAUGUCGGAGGUGUUCUUCGAGCGGAUCUUUGUGACGCGCCCGUGGAAGGCGCUGUUCGUGACGACCGACGACGACCUGCACGAAUGGUGGCACCAGUGGAAGCUGGACCGGUACACGGUGGCCUUUGGCAUGAUCUACGCCGCGUGCUUUCACAUCGCCCAAAAGUACAAUGUGUUCGAUGACAACAACCAUGGGAAUCUGUUCUCGCGGCGGACCUCGAUAUCGGUGACAUUGCUGGCGCUGCUGGGCGUCGGUGUGUACACAUCGUUCUCGUUCCUCUGCCGCAACGUACAGAACUGCGAGGAGAUCCACUCGUACAUCCUGUUCAUACCGAUCGUGGGCUAUGUGGUCCUGAGGAACAUCUCGGGCAUUCUGCGCACACGAUACUCGGCGUUCUUCGCCUGGUUUGGCCGCAUCUCGCUGGAGCUGUUCGUCUGCCAGUAUCACAUCUGGCUGGCCGCCGAUCGCCAUGGAGUUCUGGUGCUGCUGCCCGGCUUCCCCACGCUCAACAUGAUCAUCACCUCGUUCAUAUUCGUGUGCGCCUCGCACGAGGUGCACCGCCUCACCCAAAUCCUGCUGCCGUAUGCCGUGCCCAGCGAUUGGCGCCUGGUCAUGCGCAACUUCGUCAUCUUUCUUAUCGUGCUUAUACCCGUGGCCCGAUCCGACGGCAUGUUCUGAUACUGACACUGAGCGAUCCGCAAUCCAAUUGCCGCCCAGGUAGUUACCCCAAAAGUAUUCGGUAGUUAGCCGCCCUUAAGGCACAAAAGAAAUAAACAAUAAGUUUAACGCCAGGGUGGAUCGGUUUUAUAAGCUUACCAUAAGUCUAACAAGUUUUGCCAUAUCGCAAUUCUUUAUGAAGGGCAUUCGGCCUCAAGACCUUAGUCUUAAUUAUAAUAUGGUAACUCAAUAAGAAGACCUCAUCAUAAAUAGUGUAAAUCAUCGUCACUAGUUUGUAAAAUAUUGCCUUUUGACCACAGCAAUGUAAAGCAAUGUAUCUACCAAAGGCAAAAGUUAGAUCUGUUUAUAAUCCGUGAUUUUGUUUAAUACUUUUCACCACACGCUUUCCAAGUUUAUGCUAAUCGAACCACCCUAGUUUAUAUCGUGCGUGUCAGCAAUAAAAAGUAAAUCGUAGCCAAAUCUCGAAACGGGAAGUUAAACAUUAAUUAGUUAAUUACGUUCCAUCUAUCGAACUACCUUCUGAAUCAUUUUUGUAACUUAAUACGAAGUUAUAAUUUAAAGAAAAAUGAAUUACUUAAAUUUUAAUUUCGUUUUAAUGGAAGCUGUUUGCUUAUAUUAUUAUUGACCUUACUCGAAACUAAAGUAACUUAAUUUCAUUUAGUUUAUAGGCUAAGAACUAUACCAUAUUUUUUGUAUUUUUGUUUACGAAUAUGUUUUUUUUAACAACAACAAAAUGAUUAUUUUUAUGUUUCUGGAACGCACCGUAAACACUAAUUAAACUAUAAAUAUGCAACAUAUAUAUAUAUAUAUAUGCUGUAUAUAGCGGAAUGAUUGACGCCUACGUAAACAACCUAGUGAUAAAGUAGCUUUAAUUAAAUUUUGCACAAAAUACUUAACAACUCACCCACAUCUCACAUACGCACUCAAUCACAAACAGCGGCAAACCAAAUGUAUAGAGCAAGAUAAUAAAGCAAUGGAUAUAUACUUAUUUGACGCAUUGUAAGCCACCGGGCGGAAGCCAUCAGCCGGAAAAUUUAUUACACUUUUUGCGAAAAAAAGGGAAAAAAAAACAGGAAACAAAGCCAACUUUGGACUGGCGGCCACUGAACUGGGCAUCCUGUAACGCGGGCACACGGAUGUUGGAGCUUCACGGGGCAGAGAUUGUGCUAAUAGACGUGUUGCAAACAAGCUGCCACUAAGUCUGGGCAACACCGGGGAAAUUCGUUGUGUAAAAACAAAGGUGGUGUCAGUGUGCACACUUUCCAUUUACAAAAAACAUUCGUUCAACUCGUGAAAGUAAAAAGAGUUUUGCCCCUUCAGCGCCUGGAUGGGAAUAUGGAUGUAAAUGACGAUGCGGACGAGGAUGAGGAUGGAGGAUGAGGAUGAGGGGCAGGAUUGGAGCUGCGACAGUUGCACGCGUCAACAAAGUAAACAUAUCACAAAAACAUAUGUACUUACGCAAAUCGAAAGUGAAUUGAAUGAAAAUCCAGGAAAUCAAAGUCGAAAUUUUACCCAGUGCUGAACAUCACAAAUUGAAAUCAAAGUCAAUGGAAAUCAAACUACAGAUCAGAAUUUGAACUUACCAUCUGAUCCGAACUUAAAAUCAAGUAAACAUUUACUUUAUAUACUAUAUUAAUCACUUUAAAUAAUCCAGUUUUUGGAGUGAAUAUCAAUUUAUUAUCAAAACAAAAAAUUCGGAGUUAAGUCUACAAACUAUUUAAGAUCGGAUAAAUUCAUCCAACCAUAUUAAAGAACAACUAUUAGAUUAUACUGCUUAAAAUAAUACAUGAUCCAAGAAGAUCUAAAAAAUACAACUUCACUUUGUUGUAUAUUUACGAUCACUGUCUAAAUAUUAAAAUCAAAAUUUAAGACAAAUCUUACUGAUUAAAAGAAACACCUAAUCGAACUUACUUCUACACAAUAUUUUUCCAAACGCCAAUUCCAAAUAAUCUUAAAAAACACAUCUGGAAAAAGGAAAAAAAAAACCAUUUAGAUGUUAUCAAUAAUUUAAAUUUAACAAAUAUUUAUCGAAAACUAUUGAAACCAAUGAAAAAUCUUUAAAGAGCUUAAUAUGCAUCCCAUACUCGAUCGACACUAUAGUGAUCGAUUUCAGAUCAAGCUGAUAACUCGAUACUUGAUUGAGUUGCUUCGAUUAAGAAAAAAAUCAAAGCGCACUUCUGAACUGUCGGGUAACUGAUGAAAUUGUUCAAAUCCAAUUAAUAUGAUGGAUUACUAAAGACAUCUAAUAAUUGAUCAAUGAUCCAUCCUGAUCACAACUUAAAAUCGAUAUAUAAUCAAGAAAAAAAAACAUUUCAACUAACUCGAUAUUACGUGAAGAGUCCCCAGACCGAACUUAAUAUUGAAUCGUUUUUAAAUACUCAACUUAAAACUUAAUACAAAACAGACUAUAAUAUAAUCCCAAUAUUCAACAACAGAGUGAAAUCAACGAUUCAGGGACAAUUAAAUCGCGAUCGCGCAUCGACACCAAACCGAUGUAGGCAAAUAUUGACCUUUUGACCAAGCCGAAACCAAAAGCCGAAUUUAUUCAUCAUGAGGUUCAAAAAGCGGCCAGGACCUGUGAUCUAAGGACAUCGCUACCAACAG